AUGGAUGAUGGAACAAUGUUCGAAGUUCGAAUAAACGGUGAAAUUAACGGAGAUGCAGCUUGUUUGGCAAAGUUGCAGAAUACAGCGGAAAGCAUUUCUACUCCUUCUACACCAGGAGUUGAAAGCAGCAGUAGUCUUUCCGAUACAACAAUCGCGUUAAUACGGAAGGAACUUGAACAUGAAAACUUAAUAAUCAAACCGAAGAUAAAUGAUCAAAGUCAUGUUGAGAAUUUUGUUAAAUCUAGUGAUCAAACUUCGGAUUCACGGGACUCGAGUGAUUCGAGGCGAAAGUUUCGUGUUCUUGGAUUAACUUUUCCUGGAAAAUGGAUGACAAGUGAAAAGUUUUGGGAUUUGCUUGAAAAAAGCGAAUCGUUUCAUAUGUGGUUUGAUAAAACCACAAAAGAUGGUACUAAAUAUGGUGGUCUGAGCGCUGUUUAUGAAACACCGGAAGAAGCAAAGCUAGCAUUUGCUGCAUUUCACAAAAUGACAUUUGAUGGGAAUCCACUGAAGUUGCAAGCGUCUAAACUUUUCUAUGAUCCGGUACCGAAUUCGCGAACCGUGCAACCACCCAUGCCAUUCAAAAUAAAUCUCUCAGAUCCCGAUGCUUCAAGGCGACUCUAUGCUCUUCAUUUGUCUUCAGCUACUGAUCAGACCUUACUGUCAUCAAUAUUCGGCAGCGAAUGCAUCGAAACAGUACAGUUGGAGGCCGAUCCAUUCAUAGCAUCUGAAAAGCAAGCUGAGAUUGUAUUCCAUACCGUACAAGAAGCGAAUGAUGCCCGAAUGGAGUUAGCAGAUGGAUUUGAGAUUGAUGAAGGCGAUCGUCAGCUUACUAUGAGACUGCUGACGAUGGAUGAAUAUAUUUCAUACAUGAAAACAGAAAAUGAUAAAAUUUUCAAUGCUCGAGUUGUACCUGUGAGCGCUUCUUUAGCUCCAUCUUCAUCGUCUUCCCAACCAUCACCCUCAGUAUCGUCGACAGCAAUUGCAAGUGCUUCAGAGACUGCUGUAGUACCAUUUA